AUGCUGACGGAACACUUCGUGGCUGCCAUAUCGGCGUCGACGAAGCCGAACACGGGCGUCACCAAAGACGCGGGCAUCUUCAUCCACGAAUACCAGCCACUGGCCGCCCAGCGCCAUGUCUUCAAGAAGAGUGCGACUGCGCCGAACGGCAUUGCUGUGAGCAGCUCACAUGUAUUUGCUGCACAGGCGGAGAAGGCCAUUGUGCACGUGUACAGCAGGGAGAAGGGGAACCAGGAGGCUGUUAUACCCUUCCCUGAGCGCAUCCACAGCAUUGCUCUGGCAGCACAAGACACAGUGCUGCUGCUAGGCACCGAGAGUCGCCUCGUCUCUACGUCCACUUCCCAUCUCCAGCCAGUGACGUCCAUUGCCGUCGACCCCUCGUCCAACUUCUUCCUCACCGGCUCGUCCGACGCCAUGGUCCAUGUCUGGGCACUGCCAGCGAUCCUGUCCUUCUCUCCAGACACCCCACGCACGCCGGUGCACACUCUGUCCACCCACCGCGGGCCCAUCUCGUCUCUUGUGUGCGGACACAGCUCGACCAGCGCAAACAUUGCCAUAUCCACCUCGGGAGACAAGUCUGCCAUUGUAUGGGACUACCACAACGGCCACGCACUGCGAACAUACCUGCUUCCUGAGGCACCUACCGCAGUGACACUGGAUCCUGCUGACCGUGCAUUCUUUGUCGCCUAUGCCGACGGAAGCCUGCAGACGAUCGACUUCUAUGACGACGUCCAGAGCACAUUAUCCACCAACCUCCUGCAUGACCCCUCCUCGUCUCAUCGCCCAGUUCAACCCCCACCGAAGACCAGGUUCAGUGCCGAAUCUCAGAAACUCGGAGGAGCGCUCAGUCUGACGUUGAGCUGGGAUGGCACGACGCUUGUCUCAGGCCAUGCAAGCGGCAAGGUUGCAGCUUGGGAUAUCGCGAAGAGCAACUACCUGUCAACGCUGGCCAACCUUCCGGGGCCUGUCUCCAAUCUGCAAUUGCUCCCCCCGACCGGGUUUCCCCAGGAUCCCGAACAACUCUUCAAGGUGCACACAGUAGUCAAGCCGAAACAUGAUCCGGGAACAUCCGCUGGAGGAAGUGGCCUAAUUCCACCGGGCUAUACGCUCACCAUGCAAUUGACCGGUCGCCUUCGUACCGAACGCGCGUCUGCUACCGACACGAUGCUUCCCACCAAGACUGCAUUUGAGGAGGCCUUGACUCAUCCUUCUUUCCCCGCAGGCAUGCUAGAGGAGAGUCUUGCCGAGCUAGAGUCAUGGAACUCCGCUUCCAAGGGGGCCACUGCGCCAGCCUCUGACUUCAUGGCACUCGACGAUGACUCUAAUGCCACUUCUUCUGAUGCUCACCUGACCGAAGUCAAGGAACUCAAAAAACAAGUUGCUAGCCUGCAGCGCAUCCAGAAGGUCACUUUCACUCAGCUCUCCGAGCUACGCACAGAGAGGGAGUAUUUCUUGAGCAAGGAAAAGAGGCGAGCAGAACGUGCCAAAGCACGAGCCAAGAAGUCAUUGGGUCACACUAACGGCCACGCGAAUGGAGACGUAGAAAUGACUGGUGGCGACAACUCCGAUGAUUCAGACUCGGACGAUGCUUGA